AUGCCCAGUGAUAUAACUUAUCACCAGCACAAUCACCAAGAUCAGUUUAAUAAACCACCGACACCACUUCAACAACAGCAACCAUCACCACCACUGCAUGCACAAGCACCACCAGGAGCACCACCAGCACCACCAGGAGCACCAGCACCACCAGGAGUACCAGCAGUCGAUGACUCUGCUUCAACUCCCACAUCUAUUGAUCCACUAGACACAACCAACAACCACAACAGUAGUAACAAUGACCAUUUUGUAUCCACUCCACGCUCUUCUGCACCUAUCUCAACAGCUAAUCUUCGACAAUCGAGUGCCACCAUGGGUGGUUCUAAUCAAUCAAACCUACCGACACUACACAAGUACUCAAGGAGAGUAUCAUUUAACAACUUGAAUCCCGUCGAUGAUGGUGAUUUCUUGUACAAUCGUCCCAUUUAUAACCAGGUGGGUAAUACUACCGCCAGUGGCAAACACUAUGCAUCCUAUUCAGGUCCAUCUAGCACAUCAACUACUGCUGGUGGCAGUGGUGGCUCAGACGCAACAUCUCCUUUGUUUGCUCCAGCACAGCUUGGCUCUGGUAACAAUGACAAUUAUCGUUACGGCUCCUCCCCCACGCGUCAGUCGUCUUUCCCAUUUGCCAAUUUACCAAAAGUUCCCAACUUUGAUGUCAUUAGUCAAUCACCUGGCUACUACAGCUCACAACAGCAACAACGUAAAAGAAGACUAAAAUUACCCAAUCCGCCUGCAAAAUCAAUUCUCAAGAAUAAAGUUUCACAGCAACAAUUGGAUUACAACUACAGAUUUGGAGGAAAUAUCGAGGAUGCUACUAUAAAUUAUCAUCAAGAGGAGGAAGACGCACAUGCAGAAGAGGAAGAAGAAGGGGAACAAGAGGUGAGAGGGGAAGAGAAUGAUCCUUCUGGUAAGGAUACAGAGCAACCGCAACGAAGGAAAUCAUAUGCUGGCAUGACCAAUGAAGAGCUACUAGCUCUUGACCCUCAAUUUAACAUGAAGCCGAAAACCUCAAAUUUCGAUGCAUUUAAAUUUGAUAAUCAAAAAAUCUACUAUACUAAUCGGAGGUCGUCAACUUCUGGUGUAUCGGCAUUGGAAAAAUUACAAGCACAACAACAACAGCAGUACCCUUCAUCGAAUGAAAACAAUUAUCGAUCAAUUGCUGUUACUGUACAGCAUGAUGAUUAUGAUGAAAUUGAAUUGAGACGAACAUUGUUGACGACAAUUUCUGGAAGAAAACAUUCGUGGAAUUCACUUGAUUGGUUAUUGCAGAUUGAUGACUCAAUAUUGAAUCAAAAUCAACUGAUUUUACAUGAUGGUGAUUAUUUGAUUGUUGCCAGUUUUAUUCCUCAUAAAUUUAUCAAAGAUUACAAUGCCAAAAGAAGGAAACAGAGUUGUGAUGAAUAUUUAAAAUCCAAGUGCUUUAAUUUACUCGAGUACCUCAAGUUUAACCUUGCUCAGUUGAAUGUACGUAUCAAAAUGACGGUUGAAUUUGUUGUAGAAAAUGGAUUGGAAACUGUUGAACAACAUGGUAAUGAAUUUGGAUCAAAGUUUAUGUUGAACAAAUUGGUGAAGCAAUACCAUCCCAAUGUAUUCAUUGUUGGGAUUAAAUCUUCAAAUUUGAACUUUAAAUACAAGAUUAAAAAGAAUAGUGAACGGAGCUAUUUGGUCAAGUAUUCGUCGUUUAUUGUCAAACAUGCUGGAAUUCCGGUUGUUUUGGUUAGCAAUCUGUCAAAGUAUCCAUCGCACGAGCAUACAAGGCAAUUGCAGACGCAGCAACAGCAGCAGCAACAGCAGCAGCAACACACAAAAUCACUGGUUCCUAAGAUUACAUUUAGUGAUGAUUUGGUUGCAGUUGGCACAAAUUCUAGUUCAUCUAUUGAGUCCGUUGAGUCAUUUGUUCCUCAAACCAUACCAACAGAUGAGCUGGGCAACACUGGUGUAAUUAUCGACACAUCCAUUCCUUACAACUCAAUGGAAAAAUAUCACAGUUGGCUCUCAUCCAUUUCGGAUAAAUCAUUUAAUGAUUCAGUCAAUUACCUCCAGGCCAUUCAUUCGAAAGAUGAUUCCAUAAAAAUUGAUGGCAAGAUUCAUCAAAUUUACAAAUCUCAACUGCAAUUUAGCUCAUUAGGAGCCACAUCAACCAAUGGAUCAUCCAUCAGCAGUCGAAAUGGCUCAGUUGCAUCUGAUGGCUCAGGGGGUGUAGGUGGUGGUGUGGGAGGUAAUGAAAAUGUGUAUCGUGUUAAAUCCUUAAUUUCAAUUGAGGAUGACGAAGAUGCAAAACGGAGGAAAGAAAUGAGACAGAAACGAAGAGCUAGCGGAUCCAAUGGUACAAGUGGCUCCAGUGGAGGAAUCCUUUCAAGUAUGAAGAGUAAUGACUCUGGUGGAUCAAGUGGUAACGAAACCAAGGGUAAAAAGUCGUUUUGGAGAAAGAUUGGUUUCAAGAAGGGAUAG